AUGGCAAUACGAAAGAGAGCGCUUAACACGAGAGCUAAUAGUAAGAAAAUACCCGAUAUAAAAGACAAUUCUGUUGAGGAUUCUGAAAGCCAACCUCAGAAUGAAGAUCUGACUUCAGAACAUAAUGAGACAUUCGAUGACGUAAUAAGUGAAGAAGAAGAUUUAGAAGCUAGUCAAUCUGAUAUUUCAGAACAAGAGAACGACUCUUAUGCGGCUGAUGAGGUCACUUCUGAUGCCGGUGCACAACCUCCUACUACUAAAACCAAACGAGCUGCUGCCAAAACCACCAAAACCACUAAGACUACUAAAACCACUAAAGCCGCGCCUAAAACAACCAGAAAGAGGGGGGUUGUAUCCUCCUCUGAACUAGAUGAUCAGGAAUCACGAGUACUAGCUCUUCUUAAAAGCAAGAAUAAGCCUAUGAGUGUGAAUGAUGUUGCUUUCUAUUUCCAAGAAAAAGGAUCAGCUAUCGCAUCUAGUAGUAUUCGUGUUCUUUUGCAUGAUUUAGCAUCUAAAGGUCUAAUCUGUGAAAAGACUUUUGGGGCCAUUAGAUUCUACUCUCCUAAACACACGCCAGAAGACAAUGAUCUGACCGGAAUAGAUGUAAUUGAAGAUGAGAUUCUUCAACUUAAAGAGGAACUAAAUGGCCAAAAAGCACAACUUAAACAACUUCAAGAUACACUCAAACAACUGGAAAACAUACCAUCAGACUAUCAAUUAGAACAAGAGAUUCCUUUACUAGUACAAGAACUAGCUACUAAAACCGCCCAAUGUGAGCAAUUCUCCCAAUCCGUAGGAACCAUCGAUCCAGACUAUCUCAAGAAGCUGCAAGUCGAGCAUCAGAAACUCCUAGCCGAACGAAAGAAGCGCAAAGCCCUCUUUACCAACAUGCUUAACAGUGUUUCUGAAAGUGCCGAAAUCAGCAGGCAAGAUUUACUUGAAGCUGCCGGAAUAGACGAAACGCCAUAA